UAGAUGAUCUGGAAUAUCAUCAUGGCAUCAUUCAUGAGACUUUCAUGAUAUUGAAAAAUUCAUAUUAUGCAACUGUUGUAAAAUUCUAUGCAGUUCAUGAGUAGGAAUCACGAGAACAUUAAUUUGUUUGAUCUCUGGUAGACAAUCGUCGAAGUUCACUGAUAAUUGUUAUAGUAAUUUUAUAAACUCUCUGUAAUACAGGAUGAAUUUCAACAUACGGUUGUUUCGAAAUGAACCGCUCACAUAAAUACAAAGACAGACAAUAUUAUGUUUUUACCGAGUUAAGAGAUGGGCGGAAAGUCAAGUGAGGUUGAAGGGAUCAGGUGUAAUGUCCCAUGCAAUAUUAAUGAUAACCACUUGCGUGAAAUUUCAUUCGCACCCUCGACUGUCAGUCAUUCUGAACCGGCGUCAUGAAGUCUACAAUACAAGGCCUCCCCAUGCGAAUAACAUUUUUUUUCUUAUUCAUUGCUGGUUUUGGAAUAGCGAAAACCGAUAGAGAUAGAAAAUUACUCAAUUUCUGUCUAAUGUGGUCCUGCUCGACGGUGGUUGUUGCAUUCUCGGUUACUAUUGUUGAUUUGUAUUACGUGUGGGGAUCUUUCAAUGAUAUGGCGUAUUCAGCUGUUAAUCUUUUGACGGAUAUUAUCAUCAAUGCAAAAUUCUUCACCUUUAUGUUUAAUCGCCCUCAAUAUGAGCAUCUUCUGCAAAUCGCCUGCGAUUCGCUGUGGGCGAAACCUCGGACAGAGUUCGAAAGGAGAGUUCUGAAGGAAUGUGAAAAUCAGGCCAUGUUCUUUGUCAUUUUAUUUGCAACAGCCGCCCAAACUUCGGGGAUUAUUUAUUUUAUCGAACCAGUUUUAUUGAACAUUCAGAAUAAUAGUACGGACGUCAAGGAACGUUUGUUCCCGUUUAAAAUCUGGUUCAAUCUGCCAAUUUACGAAACGCCAAAUUUUCAAAUGUUCUUCCUCAUGGAGAUGUUUGUGACUUACCAUUCUACUAUAUUGUAUUUCUGCUUCGAUAAUUACCUAGCGCUCGUAAAUCUGUUCAUCACUGGACAAUUUGCAAUUCUCAAAUACAGACUGGAAAUCCUCUAUAAUCACAAUAUUGAAUCAGUCACAACAAGCAACGAGGCAAAACAGAAGCUUAAUGAACAAAAUGAUUCUCUGAUCUCAAUUUCUGAAGAAUUUAAGAACUGCAUCAAACAGCAUCAGUACUUAAUUGAGUUUGUGGAGCAGCUGGAGAAUAUUUAUACCAUGGUGAAUUUAGCUUCAGUUCUAUCAUACAGUCUCAUAAUUUGUUUGGCUGGCUAUCAAUUAAUUAUGCCAGGAAAUUCUCUAAUGCGACGAAUAAAGUUUGUGGUCUUUAUCUCUGGAUGUCUGACCCAACUGCUCUCAUUUUCAUUCACCUGCAACAAUGUUUCUGUAGGCAGUGUUAAUAUCAGUGAGGGUCCUUACAACAGCAGCUGGUACAUCCAGAACUGCUCAGCAAAAGGUCGAUCCCUGACGAGAGAUCUAAUCCUAACGAUCAUGAGAUCUCAACGUCCAUGUUGUUUAACAGCAGCUGGAUUUUUUCCGGUUACCCUGGACACUCUGAAAUCAGUUCUAACGACUGCCUUUUCCUAUUUGACAUUGAUAAGGCAAUCAAUUCACCCAACAGUGCCCCCGAAAUUUCGUUAUUGCAUCCCCUUUCUCCACUCCCUUGCGAUGUUUGCCAGUUACUGCAAUUUUGAAAAUUUUCUUCUGAACUUCAUGCCCUUGGAUACAACUUUUAUUUCAUCAUCCUUUAAAAUUAAUCCAACAUUUCGUGCCAGUGUGAUGUUCUUCGCCAGGAAACGAGUUCUUUAUGCUUAUUCCCGUGACAAUAACAAUUCGUCGGAAAUCCGUGGAAUACUGACGAGAGUUCGUAUCAUAAUGUUAAUCAUCUGUCACAAUUGGUCAUUAGCACGUCUAGAAAGACUAAAUGAACGAGCAUGUCGUCCUCAAGAAAUAGAAUCGAUUACGGAAACCAAAAUCAAUCAUUUGCGCCCGGUUAAUUUCCCCACCACUUCCUACAUUUUCGUCAUUAACCGAGGGGAGAGAGAGAGAGAGAGAGUGAGUGGAUUUCCACCCUCCAGCUGUCAGUCACUUUUCGUCGAUGAAAUGACGUUCGACUCGGGGGAGAUUUUGCCAGUGAAAAUUUCCUUCUUCCUGCUAUAUAUCAGUGGCUUUGGAAUACCAGAGACUUACAAGGAACGACAAAUCCUGAAUUUAUGGGCAUUAUAUACAAUUUUGAUGGUCUGCGUUGGCGUGGCUACUCAUGCCAGUGAUCUCUACCACGAAUGGGGAUCUCUACAAGGGGUGACGUAUGCUGGGAUGGCAAUCCUUGUUACUACGGUUGUCAGUAUAAAAUAUUUCACAAUCCUGAUGAAACGUCCCUGGUAUGAGAGCCUCAUGCGACUGGCACGGGACACACUGUGGACACAUGCUGAGACUGAUCAUGAGAAGACUGUGAUGAAGAAGUGUGAAAAACACGCCCUGAUUUAUGUGUCUGCUUUUGCAUAUCUCGCAGGUAGUUCAGCGGUUCUCUACAUUGUCGAGCCGAUGAUCUAUAAUUCGUUGAAUAACAUUACGACGCCGAGAGAUCGCAUGCUCAUUUUCAAAAUUUGGCAGGACUGGCCGGUUUACGAAACACCAAAUUUUGAAAUGGUGUACAUCCUCCAGGCCCUUGUCGUGCUGCAAUUGAGUGCUUUGUACUCCACUUUCGAGAGUUUUCUCGUCCUUGUCAAUACCUUCAUCACGGGACAAUUCAGUCUUCUCAGAUACCGAUUGGAAAUUUUAUACAAUAAUCAAUUAGAUGAUAGAGUUACCGGUGAUUAUAUGAGAAAGAGGGACAUUCAGCGGAAAACCAAUUCUCUGGCUUUUGUCUCUCAGGAAUUUAAGAGUUGCAUUAGACAGCAUCAGUUCCUGAUUUACGUCACUGAAGAGCUUGAAGGAUUGUAUACAGUAAUCAAUUUGGCAUCAGUGUUGGUUCACAGUAUCCUGAUCUGCCUGUGUGGUUAUCAAAUAAUUAUGCCAGACAAUGCAUUGGUGAGACGAGUAAAGUGCGUAGUCUUCGCAACAGGAUGCAUAAGCCAACUAUUCUUCUUCUCAUUUACCUGCACCAAUCUCACAUUUGGAAGUCUUUCUGUCGGUGAUGGGCCUUACAACUCCGCUUGGUACAAUGCAAAUUCAUCUGAAGUCGGUCGAUCACUCACAAAAGAUUAUUCAAUCAUGAUCAUGAGGGCCCAGCGCCCUUGCAGACUGACUGGCGGUGGUUUCUUUUAUGUUACACUGGAUACAGUCAAAUCAGUAUUAACAACUGCUUUCUCGUAUUUAACGGUGAUUAGACAAUCUUCUAUGGCUUCAUAGAUCGUAUGUCGAUCAUCGUAAUCCAGUUGAAGUUCUGACACUUGUGUAAUUAUUCUGUACUAAUGGUAAAUUAUGAAAGUA